AUGUGUACCGGAUACUCAGCACCCCGCGAAAUACUUCUCGACACCACCUUCUGGGAAGUUCUUCCCUCUCAUUACGAGAGAAUCAAAGCCCGAUGGAACAAAAUCGCCCGUCUAUACAAAGAGGCAAAAUCUGAUCUUCUGACAACAGAUCGCGACGGUGCGACCAACUCGCUGAAGGCUGAACUAGAGAUGCUGGAGAACGAUUUGGUGGAGUACCGCAAUAUCACAAGAGGAAUGGACAUUACAGAUGUGGCGGAGAUUUAUGUGACUGCUGGCAAGUCACUCUAUCGGGCGUUGCAGAUUGCGAAGGGGGAUUUCGCAAACUUGGAAGCGAGCUUGAAGGUGAUUGAAGAGAGAAUUGCAGGGGUCAGGGCUGAUAUUGUCUCAAGCCCAUGCCCCUGCGACCACGUUACGGAAAACCUCGAACAUAUUCUAACAGAGCUCGACCUGCAAGUUGACCGGGUAUUGGCUAGCCUCAUAUUAUUACGUAGUAUGGACCAAAAGUACGCCAAUAUAGCUGACGAGAUUGAGAAGUGCGAGUACGCUGGAGUCAUACGGUUCCAGGUCUCGGUACUGGAAAUGGACUUGGGAGUCAUCAAAUUAGACGCUGAGUUAGUAACGGACAAGGGGAUAUCUGAGUGGGUGCAGGGUACUACUAGCGGUGCAGUAAAAGAAAAGAGAGAAGAGCUCGUAAUGAGAUUGUCGGCGAAGUUGGAUAAUUUGCAGGACAGAUUAGUGGAAACAAAGAAGAAAGAACGGUGGUUGUAG